CCCGUAGCCGCCCCGCUCUUUUGUGUGCCUGCAUGAGUGGCGCGGACCGGCCCCUCUGCGGCCAGAGACCCCGGUAGGGGCGCUGGGGGUAAACUUGGGAGGGGCGGCGGGCGCCCGGCGCGCGGAGCCCGUGGGUCGGAGCGCCCGGCGGGAGCCGGUGCGGGCGGAGGGCAGCAACUUUCCCCGAGCGCAGGCCCCGCGCUGCGCCCCGGCGCGCCGUCUGCCCGGGUGGGGGACGCUUCCUCCCCGCCGCCUGUCCGGGCGGCUCUCGCCCGGAUCCAGAGGCUCCCGCGGCCCCCAGUGACCCGCCCGCUCCGGCCCUCUCAUCGGGGGCUCUGCCCCCCCGCAGCAGUGUCCGGGGGCGCAAUGGAGCGCGCGGCCGGUCCUCUCCGAAAUGCCUUCUCGGGUCGGGUUCUCGAAAGCAAAGCCCCGGGGUCCCCCCUCGACUGUGGCGUGCCGGGCCAUGGUCCGCGCGCCGAGCACGGGACGCCGUGGGGGGAUCAUGCGGGGGCUCCCCAUCCGGCGCCGGUGCGGCCGUGGUGCCCAGGGGGCGCGUUACUGCCUGCCACCCCCCACCCAGAGGAGCGGCGCGCCUUCGGGGUUCGCCCCGAACCUGGCGGCUCCGCGCUGGCGGCGCCUGGACAGCCCCGGGACUCUUCCAGGUGGAUGUUGUGCGUAGCCGGAGCCAAGUUGAAGAGGGAACUCGAUGCCACCGCAACAGUACUGGCAAACCGGCAAGAUGAAAGCGAGCAGUCUAGAAAGCGGCUUAUCGAGCAGAGCCGAGAGUUCAAGAAGAACACUCCAGAGGAUUUGCGCAAGCAGGUAGCGCCACUGCUGAAGAGCUUCCAGGGGGAGAUUGAUGCACUGAGUAAAAGAAGCAAAGAAGCUGAGGCAGCCUUCUUGAAUGUCUACAAAAGAUUGAUCGAUGUUCCAGAUCCCGUGCCUGCCCUGGACCUUGGGCAGCAGCUGCAGCUCAAAGUGCAGCGUCUGCACGACAUUGAAACAGAGAACCAGAAGCUGAGGGAAACUCUAGAAGAGUACAACAAGGAAUUUGCUGAAGUGAAGAAUCAAGAGGUUACGAUAAAAGCACUUAAAGAAAAAAUCCGAGAAUAUGAACAGACUCUGAAGAACCAAGCGGAGACUAUAGCUCUCGAAAAAGAACAAAAGUUACAAAAUGAUUUCGCAGAAAAGGAGAGAAAGCUGCAGGAGACACAGAUGUCCACCACCUCGAAGCUGGAGGAAGCGGAGCACAAGGUUCAAAGUCUGCAGACAGCCCUGGAAAAAACUCGAACAGAAUUAUUUGACCUGAAAACCAAAUAUGAUGAAGAAAUUACUGCCAAGGCCGACGAAAUUGAAAUGAUCAUGACGGACCUUGAAAGAGCAAACCAGAGGGCAGAGGUGGCCCAGAGAGAGGCGGAGACUUUGAGGGAGCAGCUCUCGUCGGCCAACCACUCUCUCCAGCUGGCCUCGCAGAUCCAGAAGGCGCCGGACGUGGAGCAGGCCAUAGAGGUGCUGACCCGCUCCAGCCUGGAAGUUGAGCUGGCCGCCAAAGAGCGGGAGAUCGCCCAGCUGGUGGAGGACGUGCAGAGACUCCAGGCCAGCCUCACCAAGCUGCGUGAGAAUUCGGCCAGCCAGAUCUCCCAGCUCGAGCAGCAGCUGAGCGCCAAGAACAGCACACUCAAACAACUGGAAGAAAAACUCAAAGGACAGGCUGACUAUGAAGAAGUGAAGAAAGAACUAAACAUUCUGAAAUCCAUGGAGUUUGCACCGUCCGAGGGCGCUGGGACACAGGACGCAUCCAAGCCCCUGGAGGUGCUGCUGCUGGAGAAGAACCGCUCGCUGCAGUCUGAGAAUGCCGCACUGCGCAUCUCCAACAGUGACCUGAGCGGGUCAGCCAGGAGAAAAGGGAAAGACCAGCCUGAGAGUCGGCGUCCUGGACCUUUGCCGGCCUCCCCUCCUCCUCAGUUGUCCCGCAACACGGGGGAGCAGGCUUCCAAUACUAAUGGUACACACCAGUUCUCACCAGCGGGGUUAACGCAAGACUUUUUCAGCUCAUCCCUGGCAAGCCCCAGCCUACCCCUGGCUUCUACGGGAAAAUUUGCACUAAACUCUCUCCUCCAACGACAGCUAAUGCAGUCCUUCUACUCCAAGGCCAUGCAGGAAGCAGGAAGCACAAGCAUGAUUUUUUCAACAGGUCCAUACAGCACAAACUCCAUAUCUUCCCAAAGUCCAUUACAACAGAGCCCAGAUGUAAAUGGCAUGGCCCCGUCUCCCAGCCAGUCAGAAAGUGCUGGGAGCGCCUCCGAGGGCGAGGAGAUAGACACGGCAGAAAUCGCCCGGCAGGUGAAGGAACAGCUAAUCAAGCACAAUAUCGGACAGCGCAUCUUCGGACACUAUGUCUUGGGACUGUCUCAAGGGUCCGUGAGCGAGAUUCUGGCCCGGCCCAAGCCAUGGAACAAACUGACCGUUCGCGGCAAGGAGCCCUUUCACAAGAUGAAGCAGUUCCUCUCAGACGAGCAGAACAUCUUGGCUCUUCGCAGCAUCCAAGGCAGACAAAGAGAGAAUCCAGGCCAGAGCCUGAACAGACUAUUUCAGGAAGUACCGAAACGAAGAAAUGGGUCCGAAGGUAACAUCACGACCCGGAUCCGAGCCUCCGAUACCGGAUCCGAUGAAGCAAUCAAGUCCAUCCUGGAGCAAGCCAAAAGGGAGCUGCAGGUGCAGAAAACUGCAGAGCCGGCCCAGCCUUCGUCCACGUCCAGCAGUGGGAGCUCCGACGACGCUAUCCGCUCCAUCCUGCAGCAGGCCCGCCGCGAAAUGGAGGCCCAGCAGGCCGCCCUCGACCCCGCCUUAAAGCCCGCGCCACUGUCCCAGGCUGACAUCGCCAUCCUGACCCCCAAGUUGAUACCCUCCUCGCCCAUGUCGUCUGUGUCCAGCUACCCUCCGCUCGCCCUCUCCUUGAAGAAGCCCCCCUCCGCCCCUGAUGCCAGCGCCUCCACUCUGCCCAACCCCCCGGCCCUCAAAAAGGAGUCCCAGGACGCGCCCGGGCUGGACCUCCAGGGAGCGGCCGAGUCUGCACAGGGGGUCCUGAGACACGUGAAGAGCGAGCUGGGCCGCAGCGGUGUGUGGAAGGACCACUGGUGGAGCACCGUCCAGCCGGAGAGGAAGAGCGCCAUGCCCCCCGAGGACACCAAGGCGGAAGAAGCCAGCAGCGCCAAGGAGAAAGGUGGCAGCAGCCAGCCGCGGGCCGAGCGCAGCCAGCUCCAGGGACCCUCGUCGUCAGAGUACUGGAAGGAGUGGCCCAGCGCCGAGUCGCCGUACUCCCAGAGCUCGGAGCUGAGCCUGACCGGAGCCAGCCGCAGCGAGACGCCCCAGAACAGCCCCCUGCCCUCCUCCCCGAUUGUGCCCCUGUCCAAGCCCACCAAGCCCUCGGUCCCUCCGCUGACCCCAGAGCAAUACGAGAUCUACAUGUACCAGGAAGUGGACACCAUCGAGCUCACCCGGCAGGUGAAAGAGAAGUUGGCCAAGAAUGGCAUCUGUCAAAGGAUCUUUGGGGAGAAGGUACUGGGCCUGUCCCAGGGCAGCGUCAGUGACAUGCUAUCCCGGCCAAAGCCUUGGAGCAAGCUGACCCAGAAAGGCCGCGAACCCUUCAUCCGGAUGCAGCUCUGGCUCAACGGCGAGCUGGGCCAGGGUGUCCUGCCGGUGCAGGGGCAGCAGCAAGGGCCAGUUCUCCAUUCUGUGACGUCACUACAGGACCCCUUGCAGCAGGGCUGUGUGAGCUCAGAAAGCACUCCAAAGACCUCUGCCAGCUGCAGCCCCGCGCCAGAGUCCCCGAUGAGCUCUAGCGAAUCCGUGAAGAGUUUGACUGAGCUGGUCCAACAGCCCUGUCCCCCCAUUGAAACGAGUAAGGAUGGCAAACCACCAGAGCCCAGCGACCCACCUGCCUCAGACUCCCAGCCCGCCACCCCACUGCCUCUUUCCGGACACUCAGCCCUCAGCAUCCAGGAACUGGUGGCCAUGUCUCCAGAGCUGGACACCUACGGCAUCACCAAGAGAGUCAAGGAGGUGCUGACGGACAACAAUCUCGGUCAGCGCUUAUUCGGGGAGACCAUCUUAGGGCUCACCCAAGGCUCCGUCUCCGACCUCCUUGCUCGCCCAAAGCCCUGGCACAAGCUCAGUCUGAAGGGACGGGAGCCCUUUGUCCGGAUGCAGCUAUGGCUGAAUGACCCCAACAACGUGGAGAAGCUGAUGGACAUGAAACGCAUGGAAAAGAAAGCAUACAUGAAGCGGCGGCACAGCUCGGUCAGCGACAGCCAGCCCUGCGAGCCCCCUUCCGUGGGCGUUGACUACAGCCAGGGCGCCAGCCCCCAGCCCCAGCACCAGCUGAAGAAACCCCGAGUGGUGCUGGCUCCUGAAGAGAAGGAAGCUCUGAAACGAGCUUAUCAGCAAAAGCCAUACCCGUCACCCAAAACCAUCGAAGAGCUCGCCACCCAGCUCAACUUGAAGACCAGCACCGUCAUCAACUGGUUCCACAAUUACAGGUCUCGGAUCCGCAGAGGAACUAUUCAUUGAGGAGAUUCAGGCCGGGAGCCAGGGCCAGGCCGGGGCCAGCGACUCCCCGUCGGCCCGAAGCAGCCGGGCGGCGCCCAGCUCGGAGGGCGACAGCUGCGACGGCGUGGAGGCCGCC